AUGGGGAUAUUUCUACAUCCUCUCUCAGGCAGUGGCCCUCCGCUGCGAUUGGUCGGAGGCGAGGAAGACUUUGAAGGUCGGGUGGAGGUGUUUCACACAGGAAGGUGGGGCUCCAUCUGCGACGACCAGUGGGACGACAGAGAUGCUGAGGUAGCGUGCAGACAGCUGGGAUUCGGGGGCGUAGCGAAGGCCUGGUCGUGGGCUCACUUCGGUCAGGGGUCCGGCCCGAUCCUGCUGGAUGCCGUGAAGUGCACAGGAAACGAGCUCUUCCUGGACCAGUGUCCCCAUGGCGACUGGGAGCAGCACAACUGUGACCACAUGGAGGAUGCUGGGGUCUCCUGCAGCCCGUAUACAGACGGGGUGGUGCGCCUGGUUGGAGGAGACAGUCCCUGGGAGGGGCGGGUGGAGGUUUUCCACAGCGGGGACUGGGGGACGGUGUGUGACGACCACUGGAGCCAGCAGCAUGCGGAGGUGGUCUGCAGACAGCUGGGCUACAGGGGUCACGCGGAGGUCGUAUCUGACGGGAUGUUUGGCGAGGGCGUGGGUCUGAUCCUCCUGGACGACGUCCACUGUGAGGGGUCCGAGACGUCCCUGCUGGACUGUCCUCACGGGAUCUGGGGCCGGACCGACUGCUCCCACAGCGAGGACGUCGGGGUCCGCUGCAGAAAACGACCCAGCCAAGAAACCAACCAGGUGCCGGUCAUCGCACCUUCCACAGGUCCCCUGGUCCGUCUGGUGGGGGGCAGCAACAGAAAGGAGGGUCGAGUCGAGGUGUAUCUCCAUGGUGACUGGGGAAGUAUUUGUGACUCAGGCUGGAACGACCUGAAUGCAGCCGUGGUGUGCAGACAGCUCGGACACAGUCUAGGAGCAGUAGCAGCGGGGGGGUUCGGUCAGGGCAAAGGGCCGAUCCACCUGGACCAGGUGAGGUGCACGGGGAAGGAGGAGUUCCUCGGGGAGUGUCCCUCUCUGGGCCAGAGCACCCAGAGCUGCAGGCGGAGGGUGGAUGCGGGGGUGAAGUGUGACGCCCCCCCUCGGGAGUCAGCGGCGGGGGCCAAGCCUCGGGAGCUGAGCUGUGGGCUGAGGAAGCUAGGGGAGGAGGAGGGCAAGAGGGAGAGCCAGGGGGAGGGAAACAUGCUCAGCACCUCGUGGCCCUGGCGGGUGUCGGUGUGGCUCCACUCUCAAGAAGAUGGCGGCCCCCUCUGCAGUGGCACCCUGAUCAGCCCCUGCUGGGCCCUGACCUCCGCCUCCUGUGUCAGCAGGUUGGGCAGCGACCCCUCCAGGUACGUGGUGCGCGUCGGGGCGUCGGAGCAGACCCUCACUCCGCAGCAGGUGGUGGUCCACAGGAAGUUCAAAGGUCAGAGUGGAGGUCACGAUCUGGCUUUGCUGAAGCUUCCCAGCACCAAGGGCCACUGCCUGACGUUCGACCCCAACACCAACGCAGCAUGCCUCCCAGCUGCAGACGCUUCAUCAGGAGGGAUUCCUCCUUCUUCUUGCGUUGUCAUAGUUACCGCUGGUUUGACAGGACCAGACUCAGUUCUUGCAUCCUGGGUCCCUCUGAUGUCGUCAUGGCAAUGUAAGAAGCGCUAUGGCGACAGCUUCUCCAGCCAUGGCACCCUGUGCGCCGGCAGCCCUCCAGACACCAGCCUCCUCCACGACAACGGUUGUCAGGGCAACUCCGGAGGCGGGCUGGUGUGUCAGGGGGAGUCCGGUCGAUGGUUCCUCACCGGGGUCGUCACCGGGGGUAACGGCUGCUCCGACCCCUCCUCUCCGUCGCUGUACACUCGAGUCAGCCGCUUCAAGAGCUGGAUCGAGGAAGUCACCAACACACACCCAGAGGAGGCACGAACACACACAGACACACAACAAGAUCUCACACACGCUGACAGUGACCCGACACACACACACAGCGAGGGCAAGAGCGAGCACUCCCACGUGCACAAACACACACACGAUCAACAGGAAACAAAUGAAAUCAUUGAUAUUACUAAGAAACACACUCAUCAUACACACACCAAGCAGCACGUUAACACACACACACACCACGGAGGGGAUGACACAGAUGCACAGAUCCUGGUCUGAGUGAAGCUGACCAUCUGACCAUGUGAGCGCCUGAGGAGGAGGAGGAGGAGAGUUACAGGAAGUAAACAUUAAAGAAAAGAAAGAUACCUCUAACUUAGGUCAGUGCAAACAUGUCCGAUCUGAACUAAGCGGUUAGUGUGUGUGUGUGUGUGUGUGUGUGUGUGUGUGUGUGUGUGUGUGUGUGUGUGUGUGUGUGUGUGUGUGUGUGUGUGUGUGUGUGUGUGUGUGUGUGUGUGGGCAGACCUUGCUGAGUGUGUGUGGGUGAGUUUGAGUUGCUUUACAUGUGAGUUACAGCCCGACGAGAGGCCGAACAAAGACGUUUAGGUUGAGCCUGGCAUGCUGAUCGAGGCCUUUCACUGAUACCCCAAAAUCAAAAAAAUCAGCAUGGCAUGUAUUUUAAGUGUUCUAAAGAUUCCGGGGAUAUUUCUGAUGGUCACACGAGACUCUAUGCUAAAAAUUCACCUAUUAUUGUGCGUCUUUUGUGUGUUUAGUGACGGAAAUCAACUAACUAACCACCAGAACAUCUAGAAUAAAGGCUGACUGUGUUAUUGUUGUCUCUCUAACAUUAUAGACGAAACUCAGAUAUGGGCUUUUUUCCCGCAGGGCUCGUCUCUUCAGGCUGUUGUCUGUUUCCUAAACUGAUGAAAGUACUGUUUAGACCCACGACUAAGCUAUUUAUCUUAGGACCAUACCAGUGAUUCUUCAUGUUUUAGUGUAUUUAUCCCCAUUUCCAAUGAUGUAUGUGUCUACUGUUGACUAUUUAUAACUGUUAAUUACAUUUGUGCUGUACCUACGUAAUGGGUGCUGCUUAUUAAUAAGGAACACUUGUUUUAAAAAGGUUAAAAGUGUUUAUUAAUGAAGAACUAACAAAUAAAAGAUCAGCAUUUAAAGAGAGCAGGUUUAUAAUAACAUCUAACUUCUGCUGUUGGCUAACAACUUUGUUUUUAAGGACUUCUUAGCAUGUAUAAAGGGAGGCUUGAUAUCAGAAAGAAAGACACUGAGUAAGAGAGAUUAUUCAAGAGGUUUUCUACCUGAGUGGUAAAGCAAUACAAACCAUCGAUAAAGGCAUAGCCAACAUAGUUUAAAACCCCUUUAUAAUGGAGGUUUUGUUAUAAAGUGGCUGACGAUGUAGAGAGCCUCACGCACUUAAGCAUCAUAAAUGUGAGGAUUUUCUCAAAAGCCUUCCCCUUGCUUUCCUGGAAGCUGUUGGUUUCCAUUGAUUUCACAACGAAAACCUGUUGAAUCCAUCACGAUAAAUGUUAAAUCUGCAUUAUUUCUGUUAUCAGAGCCCCAUUAAUGCUGAGAGGUACCGCAGUGCUUACCUUCUCAGAUCAAUUCAACUGCAUUACCUCGCAACAGUAAUGGGAAAAAAAGACUUCUUGCAGACAUGGUGAUGGAAUACUCAACUCACUCAAGCUAAUUGAUUUCAAUUCCAAUGGGAAAACUAUAGAAACAUUGGCAGCUCAAAAAAAGCCUACCAAAUGGUUGUCAGCAAUUAUAUCAAGUGUACGUCAUUUUUAGUUAUAGAUAAAACUUGCAAAAACAUCGGUGUGGUCCUUCAAAACUGUACAGGAAAAUUCUCUCCUUUGAAAGCCAUUGUAAGACGACUGUCGGGUAUUUAAAUAUCUUUUUGUUUGAGUCCAGCAGAAGGUUCUAGAUAGAUAGAUAAUUAGAUAGCUCUCCUCCUGAGAUUAGAUAUUCUGUGUUACUGCGUACUCUCUUAACUGAAUUAGAUAGCCGAUCCCUCGAAGUUAAAUGUUGUCUGUUAUUCUGCGAGCGGAUAUGCCAUCCAACCAGAAGAUGGCAACAUUGCUCUAUUUUUUCACGGGGCCCCGCCUGCUGGAUAACAUGGCCCUGAUACUUCUUUUUAUACUGUUGCUAUAAGUGUAAGGAUUUGUGCUUUGAUGUACUGUGAACCAUUGUGUCGUGAAGCAUCUUGUAGCCUGCAGCUGCUGUUUCUCCAACCUGUCUGCUGUUAUAAUCCUGUACAUUAAUCUAACACCUCCUUCCUCCCUGACGAUUGAUGUGUUACCAUGCAGAUCCUGUAGGUUAAUGUAAAUACUGUGUGUCUGAGGGAGCAGUGUGGAGAGUUUCCUGGUGUUACACCCGUCAGCUGCUCCUCAGUGUAAUGUGCUGAAUCAUGGUUGAGUAUUAAAUCAUAUACCUGGUGAGCCCUCA